GCCACGCGUAAGAUUAAAAGAGAAACCAAUCUCAGAACAAAUAUCGGAAGAGAGAGACCCGAGAGUCUGCGAUCAGAAAGAUAGAGAGAACGAGAAAGAACGAGAGCAGAGAUCGUGCAAUCAGUCGAGUAGCUUCCUCUUCUUUGAAACUUGCAAUCAAAUCAGAGAAAGAACGAUAGCAGAGGUUGAGUGCCCAAGAAAACACUGGGUUCUUUUGUCAAUAUAUGAUCUUCUCAGAGUGAUUGGUUGGUGUUAUCUGAAAGGGAAAGUCUUCUUCUACUCUGGGUUCAUCAAUACAUAGUGGAAGACUGAAUUAGUGAACAUUUUCAGCUAUUGAAAAACAAUACUCUCACUGGUUGAUAAAAAGGUGUCAGACAUAUCUGCGCUCAAAGAGGCGAAAAGGUUUCUUACAGGAGCUAUUGUUGUUAAGGUUCAGCAAUACAUAGGGGAAGAACACUUCAGCUAUUGAAGAACGAUUCUCUCAUCAGUUGAUAGGAAGGAAGAUACAAGAGACGAUAAGAACAAUUGUAACAUCUGUCUGCAAAACUAAGAGUAUUCCAGAAAUGCGUCCUCGGAAUCGAAUACCCUUAAGAGAACGAUUUUCCCAAAACUUGGAAGGCAAAGAACAUACCGAUCACACUACGAUGAACUUAAUUGAUCCUGAACGGGCACCAAUUUAUGAAGAUAUCUCCAGUGGCAGUCCAAAUAUAAUAGCCUCUGUGCGUGAAAAUAGAAGAUCCUCAAGAAAAAGAUUUUUUCAAGACCUACAAGAUGAGGGAACAUCAAUGAUGUGUCAUAAUUCUAGAGAGCAAAAUAAUAUGAUAUAUACAGAAACAACAAUGAGUACAAAAUCUGUUGAAGAACAUGCAGAUGGGAUAAACAGUGUUUCAGGCAUAAGCAGUCAUCCACAAACUGUUGAUCGUACUUGGUUGAGUUUAGUAGAAAUUGAAAAGAACUCAAAUACUGGAACUACGUCAAAUGGUAAUGCCAAUGGAAUAGGAAACAAUGUCCAGGAUUUAUCCUCAUUUAGUCAAGCACACUACCAAAGUCAAUGCCAAGGUGCCGUUGUAGAGUACAAAGAUUUCGGUGACAAUUCAUUUCAAUGUAUUCAUUGCAAUGCAUAUUAUUGGCGGGAUGAGAAAAAUACACGUGGAGUCUACACCGGUUGUUGUAAGGGAGGACAAGUGAGAUUACAACCAUCAAAGCCGACUCCAACUUUUCUCGAACAUCUAUUGGAUCCAAACAAUGGUGCAAAAGGUACACGUUUUCGUGAAAAUAUUCGUGUAUAUAAUUCGAUGUUUGCUUUUACUUCAAUGGGUGCAGAUAUUGUUAAAGAUAUAAACAAGAAUGGAUCUGGACCUUAUGUCUUUAAAAUAUGUGGACAAGUGUAUCAUUUAAUGGGCUCUGUCUUACCACUUGAUGGCAAACCCCCUAAAUUUGCACAAUUGUAUGUUUAUGAUACGAAAAAUGAAAUAUCAAAUCGCAUCAAUGCUCUGAAUCCUAACAAAAAACAAAGAAUUGAUCCUCAUAUCGUAAGUGGACUUAUACAAAUGUUUGAUGAGAUCAAUGAGUUGACAAAGUUAUUUCGAAGCAUUAGAGAUAAAUUUGAGAAUGAUUCUUUACCUUCAUUUAGUAUGACCAUGCUAAGUCGUUAACCCUUUGAUAGUAAGCAAUAUGAAGAACCAACAAAUGAAGACUUAGGUGGUCUAAUUGUCGAAGAUAUUGGAGAAUUUAACCCUAACAAAGAUAUUAUUGUUCAAUCUAAUGACGGACGUUUGCAUCGAAUUUCUAGAAUACAUCCAAAAUAUAUGUCGUUGCAAUAUCCUAUACUUUUUCCUUACGGAGAAGAUGGAUACAAAGUUAACUUACAUUUGCAUAACGGGAAAAGAAUGACUAUGCGCAAUUUCAUUUCAUACCAAAUUCAUGAUAGAAAUAACGAAAUGAGCACUCUCUUACGAGGUGGAAGAUUGUUCCAACAAUAUUUAGUUGAUGCUUAUGCAACUGUUGAAGAGAAUGAGUUAGAAUAUAUUAGAACACACAAUGAUGAUUACAGAAUUGAAAAGAAAAUGGAUAUAUUUGCUGCUCCUUCAUCUGGUAUUACCGAAAGCCGUGACGUAGGACAAAAAAUUAUCCUUCCAAGCUCUCAUACGGGUAGUCCUAGAGAUAUGAUUAAUAAUUACCAUGAUGCAAUGGCAAUUUGUAGACAAUAUGGUAAUCCAGACCUAUUUAUAACUUUUACCUACAAUCCUAAAUAGCCUGAAAUAACAAGAUACUUUAUAAACAAUCUUGAAUAC